CAAGAUGAGUGCAAAGCAAGAAACUGAUAGAGGAGGUUUGAAUCAAGUUCCAGGACGUUUGAAGUUUACACCUGAAGAAGUUGCUGUCCUCCGUCGCUGCCGUUUUGAUUCUACAGUCUACAGAGGGCUUCCAGCGGGGAUUGCAAGCGCCUACGUCGUGAGAACUUUGUGUCGUUCUGGUGUUUUUGGUAAUCUUGGCAAGAGAUUUCCGGCUGUCCUGUGGUCAAGCGCUUUGGGUAUUGGUUUCUAUGCUGGUGUAGCUUCCUACCAGCAAGCUUGUUUCGACCAGAUUAUGAAGUUAGAAAACUCAACUUUGGCUGAACAACUUCGUGCACGCGAAAGGAUAAAGAGAGGGGAUGUUCCAUUGGAUUCUAGCCCAUCUCUUCUACAGUCAUCAAAGUCAGAAAGACAUGUUCAUACACCUUCAGAGAUGGAAAUGUUGACACCACAAGCUGAUGCCUAUGACCCUCCACCUGAUACCUAUCAGAACUACUCAACACAGACUGAUUUACUUUCUGAGAAAGAAUCGGAAAGCAUCAAGGCAAAGCGCUCAACUUCAUUUGAUGAAAUACGAGCCCAGCAUAGGCGACAGCGAGGUGAACAAUAUAGCAGAAUUCCACCACAGGAUGUACAAUCUCCAUCCAGCAGUCAUGUACAAAAUAAUUCUCGUCGUGACCACCAGAAUGACCGUAUUCCAAUCACAAGUAAUAACAAGUAUGGUGAUGUUGGCUGGGAAUAGAAUUUGACUCUAGAUGGAAAUGUUUGACUGUAUAUCGUGUUAAUUAAACAUGGACAUCAAAUGAGUGUCGUGAUAGUUUCAAGAAAUUGAACACAUUAUUGCAUCUUGA